AUGGAGUUCAAUCCUGUCAGAUUUGAGUAUAACGAAAACUACACAAAGAGCAUGCCAAACACCUUCAAUAAGGUGGAAAUAACGCCUAUUGAUGCUGGCAGUUUACCUCGGAAGUUUGUCUUUCCAUCCAUUGAGAAUGUCGAGUGCCAUACUGCUAGGAUAGUGGAGGUUGAGAAGCUCAAAACUGACUGGAGGGAGGUUUACCGCAUGAAGCUUGAUAAGAAGUUUGACUUCAAACCAGGAGACUCCAUUGGGAUACUAUGCCCAAAUAAUGAUGCUUUGGUGGACGAGAUCAUGGAAAUACUUGGGUUGAAGGAUUUUGGAUGCCAGAUUAACAGAACAGGCAGGAGCCCAUUUAACUACACAGGAAUGAUCAGAGACUUUUUCAAGCAUCACUUCGACUUCACAAGCCUUCCGAAGAAGUCGCUGCUGUUCAAUCUAGCCAGGAGCUGCACUGAAACAAAUCGAAGGUAUAUUGAAUAUCUAUGCUCCAAAGAAGGAACGGCGGACUAUCUUGGGAUAGGAAGGGGAUGGAACAACACCAUUGAUAUCAUAAGAACCUUUGAAUGCAAGCCUGCGCUGGAAGAGGUUAUAGGAGAGUGCGAGAUAGUAAAGCCCAGAUACUUUUCCCUGAUAAAUGAAGUUGGGAGGGAAUCCGAAAUUCUUGUUGGAAUAACAAGUAAGAUCUUUGAUAGAUUCGUAAGGUAUGGGCAUGUUUCCGACCUUGUAAUUAAGUCUAAGACUGAAGAGAUUGGGGUGUGUCUAAGGACAAACUUUCUUUUCCGAAUGGACUACAGCAGCAGAAAAAUACUGGCCAUAUGCACAGGAACGGGAAUAGCACCCUUUCUGUCGUUUGUGUCCAACCUCCAGACACACCAGACGAUCUGGAUUAUAUAUGGAUUCAGAAACGACGAAGAUGACAUUUCUAGGUUGAUAGAUUCUAGCAGAAAGGUAAAGAUCUCUAGGGUUAAGUCUAGCAGUGGACUUUACGUCGGUGAUUACUUGAUGAUGAAGGCUGAUGAAAUCAGGGAAUACAUUGAUGGAGAAUGCAUUGCUUAUGUGUGUGGGAAGAUGGGCAUGCAGAGACAGAUCUUCGAAAUAUUCAAGAGAAAGUUUCCAGAUGUCGUGGAGACCAAGCGGCUAGUAUUCGAUCAGUGGGGCUGA